CAGCGGGAGAGCAGUGCUGCAAAGCCCGUUGGUUGCGUUCGAACCUUUCGGGAUUGCCGAAGCGGGGGCCUGAUUUUUGCUUCAGUAUCAAUUUGUCACUGCUUCGGGUGUGUUCCGCACACGCGGUUUGACGUUUGACGGACGUCCGGUGCGUUUGGUUACGCGGAUCGUUUUUCCUCGCGAAAGGGUGCGUGCGGAAAUCGUUACGAACUCCCCAAUACGAAGUACGUUGUUCGCCGUGGUCAGCGAGUGUUGAAUGUAAUGAUUGUUUCAGUCCUGUUUACGCUGGUAGUUGUGAAAAUCUCCCGGAAAAUAGUGUACAAAAGUCAUUACGCAAGUGUUGUUUCUGUUUGUUUGAGGCGGUAAAGUGAGACAAAACGUGCCCUGAAACCUGAGACGCAAGCACUUUAGGCUGCGAUGCAAGCUAUCGGAAGCGCAACAAACGACAAAAGUGGAUAUCAAGUGAUGUGAGUUAGGGCCGGGACUUCGGUCGAAAUCACGCGCGUUUCUGUGUGUGUGUGUGUGGGGGGGUAUGUGCGAGGUUUGGGUAUUCUGAUGAUUGUGUGUGCGACAGUGUGCGGUAGUGUGCUUCUCGCACAAGUGUGUGGUGUCAGCUUGAUGUGCGUAUGAUGCUUUUCCGUGGAAAAACGUAGUGCCGUUACACCACCACCACACCCGGCUCCGGUCGCGAUCAGCGUGAGGAUUGAGCAAUAAGUGUAGAUAUAUAUCGUAGCCAACUGGCUAAGCGUGUAUGGAAACGGUGUCGGCGGCGUGAAAAAAGCCAUCCUUCGCUACCGCGAGAGGAAGAAAACGGUGGAAAAUCUUGCGGAUUUUUUGUAGUGUGUUUGUGUGUGUGCGUGUGUGUCGGGUGUUCUGUGCUAGUGUUGGUUUUUUGUUCUCCAGUUUCUCGGCCACGGUGCUUGGUGCUGGCACCAAACCCAGUCGCCCGUAUUUCCUGUGAAAGGCAAUUUAAUUACUACAAGUGCUGAUUGGCCAAACGUGUCGCGGUGGUUGUUUUUUCUCCGUGGCCACGGUGGUAUAGCGGCGCUUCAGCGAAGGUGCACUGGAUCAUAGCGGAUUGGAUGUCUGGGGCGAAACAAGGUGGAAAAAAGGAAAAUCGUCACGGUCACGCUUACGCGCCCCAGUUUGGUGGACCCUUCGGGGGUGGAAAGCAACGGCUGAAGGUGGACACGACAGUGCUGGGGCUGGCACGGGAUGGCACAACGAACUGUUGGAAAGCAAUAAUUUAUCGAUUCGAAAUCGCCACCCUAAAGUCUAAAGCCUAUGAAACCAUUAGCUGGCGACUGGUGACAGCGUGAUAAGAUGUUGUGCAGCGAACAGUUGUGAGCCACCGCAAAAUGGAGCUUGCUAAGAAAGCACUCGGCUGCUCUAACAGGAUCGUUCACGCUACAGUAAGUUUUACACCGACAAGUGGAAAUCGACAGCAAAAGUGUAAUUAACUCAUUGACCAACUUACCGUUAUCUCGCGCGAGUGAAAGCAUCGUCUUUGUGUCAUGAAAAGAAGGGAUAACUCGUAGCCAGGCGUCUCUGACGUUAUUCGCCUUACGAACGUUAUACUUUCUGCGAGCGCUCCGUAGGGAAAAGGAAAAAGGGAGCACGGUGUUAAGAAUCCCGGAGCGUAAAACCUAAUCUUCUUUCAAGCAAUGACUUUGUGGUCGACUACCCGUGGCAGAUCAUUGCUGUUCCAUUUAUGAAUGGAGGUGGAGUUUUUUUAAGGCAAACCGAGAAAGCAACUAUUUCAGUGUCAGGUGAACGAGAUUGUGCUUGUUUUGUGACCGGAAAAGUGAGUUACAUUAAGAGUGAUAAUUAAUGUUAAAAAUAAAAGUUAGUACAGGUUGGUGGCACUACUUGCCACAAGAAUGCUUCAAGAGUGAAUUGUGCUAAUGUGCAGUUUGAAUAGUACGGGAAAAAUGCAUCCUGUCGAUGGCAUUCUUUGUGUUAGUGCUGAAGUGUACUGGUUCGUGGAGCGUUGUGCCGAAUGAUGAUGUUGUAAAUGAGCAGUAAAGUGAUGCAAACAUAGCAAAGUGGUGAUGAUGAAAAUGCGACGAAAAAUGAAACGCAACAUAGUUAACCAAGCGUUUUGUUUGGUCGUGAUCAACAUUAUUAUUGUGCAAUAUGCUUCCGGGUUGCAGCAGGCAGCAGUGGAUAAGGAAAAACAUGUAAAAUCCUCCGAAAUACAGGCUGUAGAAGGUCGCAAGAUCUCUCUGCCCUGUCCUUUAUCAGCACCGUCCAGGGAUAAGGUGUACAUGGUUCUGUGGUUUAAGGACGACGCUGGAAUUCCUUUGUACAGCUUUGACGUGCGGGGGAAACCUUUACAGCAGGCAAGGCAUUGGUCAGCGCCGGAAAUUUUCGGACCAAGGGCCCACUUCAACACCGACACCGAUCCGGCCACACUGGAUAUACAGGACGUUCGACGCCAUGACGAGGGUGUCUACCGCUGUCGGGUUGACUUUCGUACCAGUCAAACACAGAGCUUUCGAUAUAAUCUCAGCAUCAUCAUUCUUCCCGAGCAUCCCGUGGUCCUCAGUCAAUGGGGACAACAGUUAAACAGCUCAAAGCUUGGACCGAAAGAGGAAGGUGACGACAUUGUCUUAACAUGUCGUGUUGUAGGAGGUCGCCCACAACCGUCGGUCAAAUGGCUCAUCAACGGCAUACUGGUGGACGAGCAGUACGAGCACAAUUCUGGCGAUGUCAUCGAAAAUCGGUUGCUAUGGCCCGCGAUCCAACGCUCGGACCUGAAUUCCAUCUUCACCUGCCAGGCAACGAACACGCUGCUGGUGGAGCCGAAGGAAAGCAGCUUUGUUCUAGAUUUACAUCUGAAACCAUUGAGUGUGAAGAUAAUGAACCCGCAGACGCCAUUAGUAGCCGAUCGACGAUAUGAAAUCUCCUGCGAAAGCGUUGGUUCGAGGCCAAAUGCGAUUAUAACCUGGUACAAAGGAAAGCGACAAUUACGUCGUGCAAAGGAGGAAAUACUGAACAACACCACCCGCUCGGAGCUCAGCUUCGUACCGACGACCGAGGACGAUGGGAAGCAGAUAACGUGCCGGGCCGAAAACCCAAACGUUACCGGCCUGUUUCUGGAAACGUCCUGGAAGAUUGAAGUUGUCUAUCCACCGAUUGUGUCGCUGCGGCUCGGUUCAACGCUAUCGGCGGAUGACAUCAAGGAAGGGGACGAUGUUUACUUCGAGUGUCACGUCCAAGCGAAUCCUCCGUGGAGAAAAUUACACUGGCUACACGACGGUGUUAUGAUUACUCACAAUGCCACCGCUCGGGUGAUACGGUCCAAUCAGAGCCUGGUGCUGCAGAAGGUUACCCGCAACUCAUCCGGAAAUUACUCGUGCAGUGCAAUCAAUGCCGAAGGUGAAACGGUUAGCAAUCAGCUUGCGCUGCGAGUCAAGUAUGCACCGGUAUGUGCGACCGAUCGGAUCAUCAUUGUCGGUGCAUUCCGUAGCGAAUCGCUGCAAAUACCGUGCGAGGUACAUGCCGAUCCGCCCCCACGGCAGUUCAACUGGAAGUUCAACAAUUCGGGCGAAACGCUCAAGAUAGGCAAGGAGCGCUACGUUAAGAAUGGUUCCAUCAGUCUGCUUAACUACAUACCGGUCAGCGAUCAGGACUACGGGACGCUCACGUGCUGGGGUCAGAAUGAGGUCGGCACCCAGGAUUGGCCCUGUUUCUUUCAAGUCGUACUCGCAGGGCUGCCAUCGGCGGUGAAAAACUGCUCGAUAAACAAUCAAACGCAGCACUCGGUCGAGGUGCAGUGUCUGCCCGGGUACGAUGGAGGAUUACCGCAAAUUUUCAUUCUCGAAGUGAUUUCCAGCCGGACGGGCCGUGUGCGGUACAACGUUACCAACCCGGACGAACCGUACUUUCUGGUGGAGUCGCUGGAGAACCUGAUUCAUUACGGCGGUGCGUAUGACGACAUCGGCGACGACAACCCACUGAAAGCCAUCAUUUACGCCGUCAAUCAGAAGGGCCGCAGCCAAGGCAUCGUGGUGAAGGACUUCUAUCUCGAGAGUGCUGUCGAAAACCGUGCAGGAGUGCUAACGAGCAACUCGCUUGAUAGUAUCUCGCCGAUCCUUUUCGGCGUGUUGCUGACGCUGCUGGUGCUAUGUUUCGUUAUCUUCGUGCGAGUGUACUACAUCAAAGCGACUGCCACCAGCACCACCAUCACGAACGUUAGUAAUGACUUAGUUAGUAAUUCAAAGCAAGGUAACAACAAACAGGAUACGCUAGCCAAGAAAUCCGCCAAACAAAGCCCCCGCUGGCAGCAGGGCAACAGUGGCGGUGGCGUCGGUGGCGUCGGUGGCUACGGCGGAACCGGAACCGGAUGCGGACUGAUCGUCGAUGGACGAUCGCGGGACGAAAAGCUGGGCGCACCGGACGGGAUGGAGGACGAGCGGGACCCCGACGUAAUACCCGCCCAGUUCGCAGUGUCGAACGAUUCAGAAAGUGUUAGCUUCAACUCCUCCAAGUGGCCAAACGGGAACUUUUACGACAGAUAUCCAAACCAUGACAUACGACCAUCGGAGCUUCUGUUACCGUCCGCGGCAGGGACAUUAGGACCGACAGCGACGGCGACGGUGACGACGAAUCAAUUACACCCGAAUGUUAAUCAACCGGGUGAUAGUAUUAAAUUAGGUCCAUACUACACGCCCAGCGGACUAUUGACGGGUGGUGGCGGUGGUCCCACCGCACCGGGUACGACCGGCACUACGCUGGCGGGUGCCUACCUCAGCCCGGCCGGGUCACAUCCCCUCGACAGUGGCGGCUUGGACGGGGUCGGUGUUGGCGGCCCGCUAAUGUACAGCAGUGCGGGCAGUGGCCAAACGCUCGUCGGUAACCAUCAUCAAUCAAGCCUGCUGCCGAACGGGACCGCCGGCAGCACCGGCACCGGAGUUAAUCCUAACGAUUAUGACAUCAAUGUACAUACCAUCAAAAAUAUGCUAAUGACGACGCGCGUCCCCGAGAGUUGCGUUUAGUUUUGCUGCGACCACAGACCACAGCCAUCCGGCAUGCCAUCGCGGGCAGUGGAAGUUUUACUCAAGAAUGAUGCUUGCGUAAAGGCACGGCGCACACGGCGAUUCUGGCUGAUGGAAGUGUUUUUGUGAAGGCGGAGAGCGGCUGCUUCCAGGAGGGUGUUGUUUUUUGUGUGUUUUUAGAAGAUGCUUGCGCCUUUGAGUUGUAUCUCUUUACCAUGCAACAGGUUGCAUUGAUGAAAUCUAGAAUCGUUAUCAAAAAGAUACACCUAAAAACAUGUCCAGCUAAAUUGAUCAAUGAACGACAGAGUUAGAGACAGAGAAACAAUGCUAAGUUACAAUAUACUUUUUCAAUAUGUAAAGCUGUUUACUUAGUGAAUGUGAAUAAUAAAAAAAAAUAAUGUGAAAAUCCUUAAACACAAACAAUGAUUGGUUCCCUUUAAAUUACAGAACAAAUUCUUCAAUAUAACUUAAGUUUAUCAUAGUAUAACAAUUAAUUUAAUACUUCGUAUGAUGCGCUGCUAUGGUCUUUUGUUAGGGACAACAUGUGUCAUUAAAUAAAUGCGAAAAUUGUAAACAUUCCAAUAAUUGGCGUUUUCCGAGAGUAUUUAAAUGCAAAUUUAUAAAGUUUGGUGCUUUAAAAAUGGUGACGGAAUUUCAUUGAACCACGACUUUUUGCACGAAAAACACAUGACAUGAAUUACAGAUCAUUGAUCAAAGCUCAGUACACUAUUUUGAGAUUUUCACUGAGAGUCUAAAUAUUCUUGAAAAAGUAUGUGUUUUUGGUAAACAUGAUUACAAAAUAUUUUAAAGAAUGUUUUAAAAUGUAUGUAAUAAACAUAACAACAGUCGGAAAAUAUGUAGCUAAUGCUUUAAAAAGUUCAUAUAUCCUCUCGACAGGAUAGUUUUUGUAAACUCGAAGAAAUACUUCAAAUAAGGACACAUUUUCGUAUUUAUUUUCUGUCACAUUGCCGUACAUUGUUUUAAUCCCAAAUUUUAUAGACAGAUUUGUUAUUUGUCCAGCAUUUUUGACAGCUUAUAUCAAAAUUUUAAUGUAUAUAAUUUACGUUCGCUGGUGUAGCCGUCCCUGGUGGAUACAAUUCGCCCCAAUUGAAAAAAAACCAUAGACAUGCACACAAUCAAUGAUGAACAAUAAAAAUAUUUUUCUAUAGCAUCUUUGCACAAAUUUAAAAUCUUGUUUCAUGCGUUAAACAAUUAUUUUAGUUAAAAGCAUUAUUUACAACAAAAUAAUUUAUUACUUAUUAGUUUUUUUUAUUAAAUAAAGAAAAAUAUUAAUUUGAAUGUGAAAUGAAAAUAUGCGAGAAAAAUAACAAUAUCAAACUUUAAAAAAUAUUUUGGAAACUGAAAAUUAAACUAAGAAUAAGUUACAAAAAUAAUAAGUAAACUUCGAAUAAUUGUGACCAAACUAAAAGAUUUUAUGUAAACUUUCAAAUUAUCAGAAAUAUUAGUUUUUUUUAAUAUUU